AUGGCUCGAGCUGCAAGCAAGAUGUGGGAAUGCUACUGCCUGCGUCCCACUCUCAACUCCCCCUCCACCCUCCUCCCCGUCUUUCUCUACGGCACAGCCUGGAAGAAAGACCAAACAGCCGACCUUGUCUAUAAUGCGGUCCACGCCGGCUUCCGAGCUGUUGACACCGCCGCUCAGCCACGACACUACCAAGAACAUCUCGUAGGCGAUGGCAUUCGUCAGGCCAUCGCGGAAGGUCUCGUCCGCCGGGAGGAUCUAUAUUUGCAAACCAAGUUCAGUCCGAUCGGGGCCCAGGAUCCAAACAACAUGCCCUAUGAUCCCAGCCUGUCCGUGACGGAACAGGUCCAUGCCUCUAUCAAGUCUUCUCUGCACAAUCUUCGUCCAUCGGCAGACCCCAGCAGCGUAUCCGAUGCAUACAUCGAUACGCUAGUCAUCCACUCACCGCUCCGAACCAUAGAGAUGACCCUGGAGGCAUGGCAGGCUCUGGAGACGUACGUCCCACACCGCAUCCGCAACCUGGGCAUCUCGAAUUGCUCAUUGCCCAUCCUUGAGGCGCUCAACGCCUCAUCCGCUACGAAGGUGAAGCCGGCGAUCGUGCAGAAUCGGUUCUAUGAGGAUACUGCAUUUGAUGUCCCUCUGCGAGCAUUUUGCCGGGACAACAAUAUCAUCUACCAAAGUUUCUGGACCUUGACUGCUAACCCAGAUUUGGUGCGCUCUCAGCCUGUGCAACAAUUGGCUUCACAGGUCAAGAUUAGCCCGGCGGCAGCAUUGUACGCCCUUGUCAUGGGGUUGGGCCAUACGACAGUGUUGAAUGGCACGAAAAAUAAUGAUCGCAUGAGGGAAGAUCUGGCAGCCCCGCUUCUCGUCCAGCAGUUCGCGCAGACGCAGCCUGUCGAGUGGCAACAGCUAUUGACGGGAUUCCAGCAAUUGGUGGGUGACGCUUAA